AUGACAGAGGAGAGAACUUAUGUGUCGUCGUCACAUGGAGGUGUGGUGCGCGCACCAUCCAUGGAGAAGGAGGAUUGGGAGCUCACCAUAGAGGAGAAGAAAGAGAUCAUUAGGAUAUUAGUCGAGGAGCAUCAGAAGUAUGAGCACAUCACUGAAGAGUACCUCGAUGCGAUUGAGCAACAACAGCUCAAGAAGCGACUGUCUGCCACGUCCACCUCGUCGUCCUCCUCGUCACUGUCGACAUCGUCAUCAUCGUCAUCGCUGUCAUUGUCAUCGUCCAGCGUCAACGUCACAAACCUGAUACAACAUCAUCAAAGAAGGAUCAACUCUGCAAGCUUCCCUACAUCAGCUGCCGGCACAAGUACUACAACAACGAAUAGUAAUGUCAACGGCAAUGGCAUUGGCAACGGAUCAUCAUCGUCUUCUUCGUCAACAACAUCAUCAUCAUCGCCGUCAUCACAUUCAAACACGAAUGGCUCUACAACAAGCUCGUCUGGAACCAAGAGGAUGAGCAACAACUCAUUGCUAACGGCAACACAGAGCAUACUUAACAAGCCAGUUGAUCUGGUAUCGAUGACAGAGGAGGACAUUCUUCAAAUGCUCAAUGGAUUGAGGAACAAGAUCUUUGGACCAAUAUCACGCGGAACGUUCAGGAGCAAGAAGCAUUCACUUCCAGCUGGAGCCAGCACUGGUAGUAGCUCCAGCAGCAAGUCCAAGUCCACCAUGGUGGACAAACAUCAACAACAACCAAUGCUCAACAAGAAGGUCUCACAUCAAUCGUCCGCUGUGAUGCCAGUCCACGAGACGUACAGUUCUGUUACACCACAAGAUAACCUUCCAUCAUUCGUUGUUCAACAACCAACGAUGGCUGAUGACAAGCCAUCAGUACCACUUCAUCUGAUGCUCUCUGGCAUCAAAGUGGAGGAUAUACAUGGCAACACAGUGGCCUUCACCAGUUUCUGGCAAUCAAAGCGUUGUGUUGUGGCUGUGUUCCGCAGAUUUGGCUGUCUGGUAUGUCGCAUCCAGGCCAUGGACAUCUCGUCCCUGAAGCCCAAACUCGAUCGAUUGGGAAUCUCAUUGAUUGGUAUUGGAUUCGAGACACUUGGACUCCAAGAUUUCAUUGCUGGAAAAUACUUUGCAGGCGAUAUAUACAUCGACAAGUCACGUGCUGUCUACCGUGCAUUGAGCUUGAGGCGCAUGGGCUUCUGGGACUCAGCCGUCGGACUGAUGGAUCCUCGUCUCUCGGUAUAUCGCAAGUUGGCCAAAGAGACAGGAAUGCCAUCUAACUUUAGAGGUGAUGGAUUACAACUUGGCGCAACACUUGUGAUUGGUCCAAAGCCACAAGGAGCACAUUAUGACUUUAGACAAAAGACAUUUGUGGAUGCAUUCGACUUGAAUAAGAUAUUGUCAGCUUGCAAGAAGCCUUAUCCAAAGUUGAAUUAUGCAGAGGGUGUUGGCAGCGGCCAGACGUCGGCAGCCGACAGUCAUCUCAAAGACGUGGUCAUCUCAUUGCCCACACCAGUCACCGUGUCCAUCCCUCACAAGUUCCAUCUCAACGUUCCAGAGUCCAAGCACAAGAUUGAAUCCAAUCCACUCACGCACAAUCCAUUCAAACAACAACAGACGCAACAUACAUCAACGAAUGGCUCCACGCUCACCUCAACCACCACCUCCUCAUCCACACUUGUACAUAAUAGCAACAACGUCAACGGCAACGGCAACGGCAACAGCCCAUCCAUUGUCAGUCCACGCCAGAUCAAGUACUCUGGCGCUACUCAAACUGUAUAUACAUCAUCUUCAUCAUCUACUCAGACUACCAAGGUCACCUCGUCAACAUUUGGCCCACAGGCCAAGUUCGCACCAACAACUACGCCAACCAAGCCCCUAAGCAACUUCCAUGUCAAGCCACCCGCAAAGAUCCCAUCGAGCAGCUCCUCUCUCCUAGGCUCACCGCUCACAACUGGUCAAGUCGCACCACCAACACAAACAACGCCAACUUCACCAUCGUCAACAACGACAACAACAUCAACAACACCACUGACGAGGACUAGGUCUACGAUGAAGCCAUUGCCAAAGCCACCAGUAUCGUUCACCAUCACGCCUGUCAAACCUACACUACCUCAAUCACCUGUUCAUACCCAACCUCAGACACAAGUUCAGACUCAGACUCAAACUCAAACUCAGACUCAACCUCAGUUGCAAAAGGAUAUCAAUGCGCCAGUACUAUCACCUGUCAAUGUCAGUGCAUUCUUCAAACUCCAACACAAUACCGGUGCUGGCGGCAGUACAGGUACUACUAGUGGCGGUGGUGUCAAGUCCACGACAUCGACCUUUGUCAAGCCAACUACCAAGAGGAAGAUUGGUGGUAAGGUUGAACCUGUAGUCUUUUAUCCAUACUGA